AUGAUUUUCAGCUUAGAAGAGCUUGAGAAGGCAACAGAUAAGUUUGCCGAGGCUCGAAAACUUGGAGGUGGAGGCCACGGCACUGUCUACAAGGGGAUUUUAUCUGACAAACAUGUUGUUGCCAUCAAAAAGUCAAAAGUUAUAAUUCAGAGAGAGAUAGAUGAUUUCAUCAAUGAGGUUGCCAUCCUUUCUCAAGUCAACCACAGGAAUGUAGUGAAGCUUUUGGGAUGUUGUCUCGAGACAGAAGUUCCAUUGCUGGUCUACGAGUUCAUUUCAAAUGGAACUCUUUCUGAUCAUCUUCAUGUCAGCACUCCACUAUCAGUGCCAUGGAAAGAUCGGCUAAGAAUAGCACUUGAAACCUCGAGAUGCCUUGCUUAUCUGCACUCGGCUGCUUCAGUAUCAAUAGUACAUAGAGAUAUCAAGUCUGCCAAUGUACUACUUGACGACCACCUCACAGCAAAAGUAUCAGAUUUUGGAGCUUCGCGAGGCAUCCCCAUUGAUCAAACUGGAGUUACAACUGCAGUGCAAGGAACUUUUGGAUAUUUGGAUCCAGAGUACUACCACACACGGCGCCUCACCGAGAAAAGUGAUGUGUAUAGCUUUGGGGUCAUGCUUGUGGAGCUAUUAACAAGGAAGAAACCAUGUGUCCACCUGUCAACACCAGGAGGCAGUCUAAUUGCUGAAUUCAUCUUGCAAGUGAACCAAGACAAACUCUUCGAGAUGCUAGACCAGCAAGUCAACGAGGAAGGGGCUGAAGAAGCCGACGGAGUUGCAGCAGUAGCAGUGAGGUGCUUAAGCUUAAAGGGUGAAGAUAGGCCAACAAUGAGGCAAGUUGAGACAAAACUUGAAGUGAUGCAAAGCGUGGAAAACAAUACAGCAAUGGAACAGAACAAUGCCAAUGCUGAUGAUGACAACUUCAGUAGGCAAUACAGUAUGGAGGAAGAAGGCAUGUCAUCUAUGGUGCAGCCAAGGGAGAAUGAGCAAAUGCGCGUCAUUUUCCAGGACACUACCGUAAUAUAUUGAUCAUCAAAAAAAUAUGUACCGCUAAGGCGCUAACACAAACAUAUCACUGCGCUUCCCAGCUGCCAUUAAAAAACAUAGCAAUGUUCUGACAGGCAUCAUUUUGCUAAGUUGCAUCAAACGCAGAUUUCCAGCAGAGUCACAUGGCCAGCGAUACAAGAUUCUUUAGAGGAACAGAAGAAGCCUUUAGACAAACAUCAAGACCAAGCGCAUAUCUUGUCAAACAUCAGCAGCCAGGAUCAUAACAAUCCUGGCCCUUAUAUAUCUCUGGAUAUCAAAUCUGAAAGCUGUAUAUGCAGAGACUUGCAAACCAUCAUACUCAGCACACGAUGACAAGACUCAGAACAAAAUACGGCAAGUUUCAGAUUAGACAGAAGAAGCAAGAGGCACAGAGCCACAAACCUGGCUUCAAGACCAAGAUGAAACAUUGAAACGGAAUGAACAUGUAAUUUAAAUUCGACUCUUUCUGAGGUGACACUCAAGCAGCAAAACGACUAUUUCUUCAGGUCGAAAUGACACUGCUGUUCCCACAAUCUUCAACAUAUCAAGAGGAAACUUAGGUCGCUACCUCACCCAGGAUUAUUAGCGCACUUGGACACCCAGGAUUUCUGAUGCAUGUACAAUUCCGAUGUAUAUAUAUGACGCACAGGGACAGAAGAGAUGCAUGUACUGUUCCCGUAUAUAUUGAUGAUUUACAAAAUAUGUAUGUAACCAUCAUACAGAUUCCCGGCGGAUUAUAGAAACAUAGCAAAGUUGUAACCAUCAUUUA